AUGGAGCAAGGAGGGGUGGGGCGAGAGGAGGAAGACGAAGGAGGAGGGGGUCUGGAGGAAGGGGAGGGGAAGGGAGAGCUAGGGUUGGCCACCUUCAAGUCUAUCCUUGAGGACGACUGGUGCUUCGGCCAUGGCGGCGCCGCCGGAGACGGCGGCUCCCGCCACCAGGGCUUCGGCUUCCCCGGCGACCCUUCUCCGACGGGGAGCAUACUGCUGCAGUCGGCGGACUCGUCGUCUUCAGAGUCUCAGCCCUCCGUCUUCAACCUCGAGCCCUCCUCGCAGCCCUUCUUCCCCCAUAAUACCAGGGCUUCUCUCUCCUCCAUCUUCAACGUCGUCUGCUCCGACCCCUUCGACGCCGCAGGCUUCGACCUCGGGGGCGGUGCCGCCGCCGACGACCACGACUUCCUUGCUGGAGCCCAGCUUUCUAACCCCGCCCUCUUGCUGAACAGCGGGUGCCCAGAUGGAGACGGCGGCGGCGGCGCCGCCGCCGUUGCCAGGGCCUUCGGAGAUGUGGAGGGCUCGCCCUUCUUCUUCCACCGGCCGAAGGUUCUGCAGCCGCUGGACAUCCUCCCGCCGCUGGGGGCGCCGCCCACUCUCUUCCAGAAGCGGGCUGCCGCCCUCCGCCAGAGCUCGGAGCUCGGCGGCGGCAAGAGAGAGGAGGGGGGCUUUAUUGAUGUGGACGAGGGCAGCUUCGACUGCUCCGGCAUGAAUUACGACUCUGACGAGACGGCGACGCCGCCGGGGGCCAACAACGGCGAAGGAGAUCCCAAGGGGAAGAGGAAGGGGAUGCCAGCGAAGAACCUGAUGGCGGAGAGGCGGCGGCGCAAGAAGCUCAACGACCGCCUGUACAUGCUCAGGUCCGUCGUCCCCAAGAUCAGCAAGGUGAGCGGGCCGCCAUGAAAACCAGAGCCUCUGAUCUUCGCCGGCGCUGGUUUUCCUUCUGAUCUCUCUCUCUCUCUCUCUCUCUCUCUGGAUUUCCCGCAGAUGGACAGGGCGUCGAUCCUCGGGGACGCCAUCGAGUACCUGAAGGAGCUUCUGCAGAAGAUCAAUGACCUCCACGGCGAGCUUACCGGGACUCCCUCCUCCUCUCCUCUCCCCGGCGGCGGCGCUGCGAGCUUCCACCCGUUGACUCCGACACCGCCCACCCUCCCCCACCGCGUCAAGGAGGAGCUCUGCCCGAGCCCGCUGCCGAGCCCCAGCAGCCAGCUCCCGAAGGUCAGCCCCGUUGACCAGAGAUCUUCUUCUUCCUCGUUCUUCCUCAUGCUCAGUCGCUUGCUCUGCAGGUGGAAGUGAGAGAAAGAGAGGGCCGUGCCGUCAACAUCCACAUGUUCUGCCCCCGAAGGCCCGGGCUUCUGCUUGCCACCAUGAGAGCUCUCGAAAACCUCGGCCUCGACGUCCAGCAGGCCGUCAUCAGCUGCUUCAAUGGAUUCGCUCUCGAUAUCUUCCGAGCCGAGGUCUUCUCCGCUCCCUCUUCCUCUGUUUUCUUCCCUCCUUCUUCUUCAAGCAGAUUGACAGAGCAUAGCAUAUUCUUCUUGCAGCCCUGCAACGACAGCCCACGCGUCCGGGCCGAAGAGAUCAAGGCGGUGCUCCUCCACUCCGCCGGCUGCCUAGCGUCGAUUUAA